GGCGCGGAGCUCGUUCCCCACUGCCCCGCGGGCUCCGGCAGCGCCGCCUCCCGCGGCCGCGGCGGGAGCGGGGCCCUGAGGCGUUCGUGUCCCGGCCUAAGGCGGGCAGCGCUGCCCUGGGAGACGAGGGAGCAUUGAAGCGAGGUGCGGUCAGCGCGGGGGCCCGGCGGCAUGGCGGGGAUCCCCGGCGAGCUCAGCCUCAUGGAUAAGGGCGUUAAGAGCCUGAGGGAUGUGUCCCUGAGCUCGGACCUGCACACGCUCAACGCCCACUGUAACCUCAUCGCCAGGAUCCAAGGGCUCGACCACCUCCGGAAUCUGCAGCACUUGGAUCUGUCUUCGAACCAGAUCCGCCGCAUCGAGGGGCUCGGUUCCCUGGCUAGGCUGCGCACCCUGAGCUUGUCCUGCAACCUGCUGACCAAAGUGGAGGGACUGGAAAAACUCUUUAAUUUAACUAUGCUGAACUUGUCAUAUAAUCGCAUACAUGAUCUCUCUGGAUUUCGAUCCCUUCAUGGAACCAGACAUAAGAUUAGCCACAUUGACCUUCACAGCAACUGUGUAAACAAUAUGAAUCACUUACUUCAGUGCACAAAGGGGCUGCACUGUUUGACAAACCUCACGCUGGAAAGAAACGGAAAAGCCAAUCCAGUUUGUCACAUAGCAGGUUAUAGAGAAACUGUUCUUCAGUCAUUGCCCCAGCUAACAGCUCUAGAUGGAAGAAAUAUUUCUGGUGAACCAGUGGACCUGGCAGAAGAAAAUUGUUCAGAUUUGCAGGGUUUAGAAGACAUUUUGGGCUCUUUGGUUUCAUCUGAGUGCCCUUCCACCCAAGAUCAGAACAAUGUUCCCUUACUGCUGGCGACACCACACAUCGACCAGGCACUGGCUCAGUUUCGGCAGCGUUCAAGGGUACCAGUGCAAAGUGCCACCAGCUCCUCCACAGAGCUUGUCUCAUCUUCUGAACCCGAGAAAACCCAGCUUGAUAAAAUACACAAUGAGAUGAGAAUUAGAAAAAUAGAAGAUCAAAUUUUACAGAUACUACAAAAGGUAUCUGAUAGUUCAAGACAGGAAGCUGCUCCAAGUGCUCUCAAAGCUAAGAGAGACACAGAUCCGACUUCUGAGAGUGAAAAUGAGAGUGGAAAAGAGAACAGAAAGGUCAUGAAAGGAAGCAAGAUCCCCACUUACCAUAAAACUGCAUUAUCUACAAAAGGUCAUGCAAGUCAUCUAAAGAAGAAAAUUACUAACAGGGAAGAGAAGAAGAGUUCCUCAAAGUGUCCAUGCUCCAGUCAGAAUGACUCUCCUUUUAAAGUAGUGGGAAGAAAAGCUGAAAUAUUAACUGGAAGACAGAGCAAUAUGGAAAAAGUAGAAGAAUGUAAUUCAAAUCCCAUAGAGGAAUCAACAUACCGAGCACUAAUUCAAGAACUGGAUCAGGAGAAAGAAAGGAGGUGGAAAGCAGAGCAAGCAGAGAAGAAAUUAUUAGAGCAUGUCAGUGAGCUACAGAAGCAUGCAAAAGAAGAAAAGAAUAUUCAGAGUAUGGCUUUAUUUACCAGAGACAGGUUAAAGGAAUUGAUAUUGAAAGAGAGAGAUGCCAAAGCAAGACUGCAAGCAGAUGUCCAACAGUUGAAAGGUGAAACUGAAAGACUUACUAAUGAGCUAAAUCAGGCAAGAAAUAAAGAAGCAGAGUAUCAGAAGGCCAUGCGAGCUUUAGAAGAAACACUGUCCAAUAUGGAGACACAGAGGUUGCAGCAGCGAGCAGCAGAGAUGAAACAGGUGCAAGAAGCAGAGCUUAAAGCAUCAGCAAAUGAAAGAGAAGUACAGUUACUUCGAAUAUCUGUCCGACAACAGAAGGAGAAGGUAAAACAACUACAUGAGCUUCUUGUAUUAAGAGAGCAAGAGCAAAGGAAAGAACUUGGAACCCGAGUUGCUUUAAAUGGACCUGAAUUUCAAGAUGCUUUGGCAAAAGCAGUGGCUAAAGAAGAGCAGAGGCAUGAACAGCAUGUUAGAGAAUUGCAGGAGAAAAUUCACAUGUCAAACCAGAAGUACAGAGAGCUAGAAGAUGAAUUUCGUUUAGCUUUAACUAUCGAAGCUAAAAGGUUUAAAGAGGUAAAACAGGGGUUUGAAAAGGCUUCUGCUGAUCUAGUUGAACACAAACAAGCCCUGUUUGAGUUGGAACAAAGGGAAAAAGACAUGGCAAGUCUGAUCCAAGACCUGACAAAUUUAGUGGAAGAACAGAAAGCAAAAAUUGCAGAACUAACAAAAUCCAACGAAGAAGCUACAGCAAACCUAAAGUGUCGAACUGGAGAACUUGAAACUGUGAUUGAGGAGGACAAACAAAAGGCUAUUCAAGUGGAACUUCUAAAAAAAGAAAAUGUAAAACUUAUUUCCCAGCUGACAGCCCAGGAAUCUGUGAUUGAUGGAUUAAAAAUGGAAAGAAAAAUAUGGGGGCAGGAGUUGGCAGAACAGGCCCAAUCUCCCAACAUUCCACAUCUUGAAAUCGGUAUCCUGUUUUGUCCAGGAGCUCAUCUUGCACAAGAUCGGGGGAAACUGGAGGCAAAAAUUGAAGUUUUAACAAAUGAGAUUGACAUGUUAAAAAAGCAGAAGGAACAGGACAGUGAUACCAUAAAAAUUAAAAACAAAAUAGUGGAUGAUCAGACAGAAACAAUUAGGAAACUAAAAGAAGGCUUACAAGAAAAAGAUAAACAAAUCAAAAAACACCAUGAAGAAAAUCGGGAAUCUCAGAAAUUGCUUCAAAUACAGUUGGAUGAAAAAGCUACUGAAUGUGAAAAGCUAAUGAAAAAAUUAGAAAGGCAAAAUGAAAGAAAAGAGGAAUUAAAGCAACUGCUAGAAGAAAAAGAAGUGGAACUUGAUGACAUUAAGAAUGCACACAGUGCACUGAAAAAGAGGUGGCAAGGUAAAGGAGAGCUAUUAAGCCAGCUGGAGGUGCAGGUUAAACAAAUGAAGGAGAACUUUGAUUUCAAAGAGAAGAAGCUGAUUGAAGAGAGAAAUAAAAGUCUUCAAACUCAAAGGAUUGCUGUGGAAAAGCUUCAUAAAAUGGAUAAUGCCUUCAGAAAGCAACUUGAGUCAGUGUUGGCAGCACAUCAGGAAGAACUCUUGCAGCUGGAAAAUGAAAAGGAAAAACAAAUUGAAGCAGCAAAUGAAAAAGUCUACUCUGUUGAAGAAGAAAUGCGGGAGCUUCUGCAAGAAAUGGCAAACAAUAAAAAAGCCAUGGAAAAUAAAAUACGACGACUUACAAAUGCAUUGAAUGAUAUUCAGCAAGACUUUGAAGAUUAUUAAUAUUUAUACUAAAAAUGUAUAUUACACAAGCAGUUUCAUCCACUACAACGCACUUUUCCUUGUUUUCUAGAGAAUUAAGUCUUUGUUGUAUAUUUUGAUAGUUCAGGGAGCAGACAAAUGUUUUUAUGUUAUUUUCAUAAUAAACAGUUAUUUCUAA